AUGUCGAAGGAGGACGGUUGCAAAGUAACGUCCGCCUGCAAACACAAGGAGCGUAAGCCCAAGAAGCCGCACUACAUCCCCCGGCCGUGGGGGAAACCUUACAACUACAAAUGCUUCCAGUGCCCCUUCACCUGCAUGGAGAAAUCCCACCUGUACAACCACAUGAAGUACAGCCUGUGUAAGAACUCCCUCUCCCUGCUCAUCGAGUCCGACUGGCCCUACAAGAAGGGGAACAUCCUCCACCCGGAGCAGCUCCGGCCUCUCCAUCAGGCCCACGGUCUCCAUGCCACUGGGAAAGAGGAGACGGAGCAGGCCACAGCCACCGAGGAGAGGCCCAGGCCACGGCGUGCCCCCGAGAAGGAGGAGGAGGAGGAAGGAGAUGACAGGGCGAGCCGGGGGGCGGAGGAUGAAGAAGGAGGGGGAGUGGAGGGAGGAGAGAUGGCGGGGCUGACAAGAGAGCUCUCCAACGGCGGUGUAGACAGAGAAGCAGUUGAAGGCAUCAAGAAAAGCAAACGCGGUGAGUCGGAGCUCCUGAUGGCAGACAUGUUCUCGCUGGAGGAGCAGCUGCUGAGGGCACGCUCGGUGGAGGUGGAGGCCCAACUGAAACAUUACAAGCUGUCCAAGACGUGUCUGGCUGCUCCUGGCCUACUGUCGGAGCAGUGGCGGCUGCUGACUACCAGCCACACCAAGGCAAAGUCUGAGGGUGGCCAGCCCAGAGUCAGCAGUUCAAUUCCCUGUUACCCUCCUCCUCCCAACCUGGUGGACUACCCGGAUCCCACUGGGCUCAACCUGUCUGUCCUUGGCGUGGGGUACCCCAUCAGCCCCAGCCUCUUCUCUUACGUCAACUCAGCUCUUCCCGCCGCCCACAGUAGCAUGACUGCCCAGACCCACGCCCAGCUUGCCCAGCUGCCCUUCCUUGCCUCAGCUGCACAACUCAUGCACCCUAUCUCCGGCGCUCACCCGCACGCCGAUAGAGCCCUCCUCCCCUCCCGUCUUUACUACCCCUUCCUGUGUGAGCAUGCACUCGGGCCCACAGCGUCCCAGAAUGAUGCCGGAAAGGGACUCAAAGCCUCGACAAAUAGUGCUGAGGUCAGUGCCCUGCCUGGUUACCAGCCAAAGGUCAACCUGUGGAAGGUGCCGGCAUUGCGGCCGGGGGCAGCAGCAGGCUGGGUGUCGCCGCAAAGGAAGUCCCCUGAGCCGGGCUGCAGGCAGGGGGACAAACUGCAAGCUUCAGCCAGGGACGGUAAAGCAGGUUGGGGAAUCAAGAGAACUGGAGCGCCACUGGGGAGCCACGAGGCCCCAGUGGAGAAGAAACCGGCCAUGGGUUUCACCUUUGACCUUCUGAAAAAUAUGCAGAACGCCUCACCUCUCGCCAUGGCAACCGACAAGCUCCUCCUCCAGAACAGUCUGCAGGGUGCUCAGCUUCAGACUCGGCCUCCAGAGCAGUGGUAUGCUGAGCCGCCAUCCAGCCCAAACAGCGAGUCCUCUUCCCUGCCCAGCAACCAGGAUGCCACGGGGCCACGGACUCCAGCAGGUGAAGCCCCCGAAUCGGUGGCCACACUCCUCGGCGAUCUCUCCAAGGCUCUGCAGGAGUACCAGGAGGCUGAGCGAAAGAUUGCCCACCUGGAGAAAGAGGACCUGUCUGGGCAGGGCCACCUCUGGGAGCACCUGACAAAGAUCCGCAGCGAGCUCUCCCACAUCCACCAGGCGCUGGAGCAGACAGCCCGGCAGAGCGAAGGACCCCUGGACCUCUCCGUCAGGAGGGACCCCACAGACACUGUCGCCCAGGGUGAGCAGGGCGUGAGGGAGGAGGGACACCCUAAGGAUGUCACCACAGAAACGGAAGAGGAUGACGAGGAGGCGGAGGAGGAGGAGGAGGAGAGGGAUGAAGAGGAGGAGGAGAGGGAGAGAGAGAGGAGCGCGAAGGCAUCUCUGGAGAGUCGUAAACAGUCGCUGGACAUGCUGAUAAAGAUGAGCCAGGCGGGCGUGUCGGUGGUCAACACCGAGGUUUUGUCUCCCACCGCUCUGAGUUUGCGGCCCAGUCCGGCCGACGCCGUGUGGCCCGGCAGAACCACCAAGUGUGAGGCCGACUCCAGCGUGCUGCUCUGCCCUGAUGGCCGACCGGUGGUCUUCACAGACCUUCCUUCCUCCGCCAAGACCCCUAAAAGACCCCCAUCAAUACAGCGACUAGAGGCCCAGUGUCCUCCCAGUCCUCUGGCGGCGACAGACUCCUAA